AUGAGAUCUUGUCUUCUGGGCCCCCGGGCGCUGUGGUACCUGCUUUUGGUGGUGUUGGUCUUCUUGGUCUUCGCCCUCCCUUCCUUUAUCAAAGAACCUGACACAAAGCCUUCCAGAAGGUACCAAUAUGUAGAGAAGAUUGAAGAAAGGCUUCAGAAGUGGUUACGGAAGGCCGUGUUCCAGGCGUCCACCCAGGGAUGGCGGACAAACCAGGCCGAGGUGGAACAAGAGACCACUGCCCUGGACACCCAGCCCGGGCCCACAGGCCACAGCGCUGGGGCGAGCAGGAGCGCAGGGAGCAGCCCAGCACCCAGGCAGGAGCAGGACACCAUGCCCAGAGCCACGGAACACACGCAGGCACCAAAAGGUCAGGACAAGGAGACUCGCGGAAGAAGGCCGCCCCCGCCCCCACCCCGAAAUGCCACCACCCCGAGACGCCAGAUGCUGAAGGCCGCCAACUUCAAGUCUGAGCCUCGGUGGGAUUUUGAGGAGGAGUACAGGUUGGACGUGGGGGGCCUGCAGACGAAGUGCCCUGACUCUUUGAAGGUCAAAGCCUCCAAGUCUGGGUGGCUGGGGAAGCUCUUCCUGCCCAGCCCCCUUCUCUUCCUGGACUCCACCUGCUUCAGCCCGAGCGAGUGGGAUCGGCUGGAGCACUUUGCGCCCCCCUUCGGCUUCAUGGAGCUCAAUCACUCGUUGGUGCGCAAGGUGGUCACACGCUUUCCCCCAGUGCCCCAGCAGCAGCUGCUCCUGGCCGGCCUCCCUCCAGGCGGCCCCCGGUGCAUCUCCUGCGCCGUGGUGGGCAACGGGGGCAUCCUGAACAACUCCCGCAGGGGCGCGGAGAUAGACGGCCAUGACUACGUGUUCCGGCGCAGGCCCCAGGAAGCGUUUCGUGACGCCCUGAAAUUGGACAGGUACUUCCUGCUCCACCCGGACUUCCUCCGCUACAUGAAGAACAGAUUUCUGAGAUCAAAGACCUUGAACACUACCCACUGGAGGAUCUACCGCCCCACCACGGGCGCCCUGCUGCUUCUCACCGCCCUUCACCUCUGUGACAAGGUCAGCGCCUACGGCUUCAUCACUGAGGGCCAUGAGCGCUUUUCCGAUCACUACUAUGACACCUCGUGGAAGCGACUGAUCUUUUACAUCAACCAUGACUUCGGGCUGGAGAGGACGGUGUGGAAACGGCUGCAUGAUGAAGGCAUUCUCUGGCUGUACCAGCGCCCCCAAACCACUGAGGCACAGAAACCGGAGCCUGGGGGCAGCAGGCCUCUGACCAGCUCAGGGCGCCGGCUGCAGUGAAGUCGACAGACUCUCCCGCCGUCUCUCCCGGGCCUGGGGCAGGCUCCCAGCCCAUCAGGACUUCUAAGGAGGAAAUUACUUCACAGAGUUGCUGCGGGUUGUGAUGGAGAUUUCUAAAAUGAAGGAUGUUUUUUGGUCAUGGGGCUUGGUCA